AUGGCCUCCUCUCUCCCGACUCGGGAAACCUUCGAACACCGGUUUAGAGUGUUGCCUUCAUCUGAUGAUCCUCAUCUGGUCCAUAGGAAGGCCCUUUGGGAUGCUCGGGGAUGUAAGCUGAGUCUGGACGAGUCCGAGCUCCUGGACAUGCCCAAUGACACUCUAAUCGACUACCUUCGAAUACUCUAUCUCAAUGAGAUUGACAUCUACUUCCUCUUGAACAACGCCAGCCUUAUUCACUCCUCGAAGCCCAUAGCCUACGAGAACCCCUGCAAUGAGCGGAAGGCCCUGUUCCUUGCCAGGAAGUUGUUGGUGUCCCAGGGUGCCUCAACCCAAAGAGUGGCAAAGCUACAGGGCAAGAUUGACUCCUUCUGUCAAGCAGCCAACGAUGUCCGUAUCUCUAGUGAGGUGGAAGUCUCCCAUCCCUAUGUGUCCGAGGUAGCGCCCAAGUGCGUGGUAGGGAACCGUUCGUCGGCCUUGGGUGGCGGCGUCGGGCUGUACGCGAAGGACCAUGUCUCUGCAGGUGAUGAUGUCAUACGAGUCCCCGAGGGGAAUUUGCGGAUAAUAAACGUCUACGAAGCGGCAGCAGAUGCCGAGUUCGGUCCGGUGGUAGAGGGCCUCCUGGCUGCUGGGCAUCACAUCGAUACGUGCCUUCUCAUGUAUUUGGUUCAAAUCUACAAGUCGGGCAAGCUCCGAGCCUUGCCGCCGAUCGAUUGUUUUGUACACUACCUCCCAUCUGAGUUCUCUGGUAACCUCAUGGAAUGGCCUGUUGAGGCCCUGGACGCUCUAGGGAUCCCUCAAAUAAAACAUUUGGUGGCUCAGCAGAUGGACCUCCUCUGGGGUAUCCAUCGGGCAUUACCAACCGGAUUGUGCAGCAGCUUCGAUGAGGAGCUCCUCUGGGCACGGUCCCUCUGUGAUAGCCGAGCCUUCUCUCUCGAGGUCCCUCCCCCUACUUGGUGCCCUCAAUGGCUCAUCAAGUAUCUGCCUCCUGACCAAUCUAUCACGUGUGUGGUGCCAGGAGCAGACCUACUGAACCACCACCAACGAGGUCAAUGUGGAUUCCCUCGCUUCGACAAGAAGAGCCGCUCAUUCGUGAUAACUGCCGAGGCCAAUGUACCUGCUGGGUCAGAGCUCUUCAUCAACUAUGGCGGACUCCAGAAUUGGGAGCAGUUGAUGUACUACGGCUUCUGCGAAUUCGCCCAGAAUCCAUACGACUCUGUGACGCUCGAUCUAGCUGCCAGUGGUGCUGCGGAUGGCUUGCACUUGGACAGGAUAGGCACCGAACAUAUCAUAAGGAGGGGUCACCCUACGGUAUCGCCGAGGCUCUGGGAGGCCCUCACCAGCAUGGCUGGUGUUGAGCAUCCGGAAGAGCUCGAGGAGGGCGCUGUGGAUUCACUUGUCAACCUCCUGAGACAGGUUACCCUUGCACCUCUCCCCGAGUCGUCAGCAGCUAACGACUGGUGGAAGGACGACUACGGUGCUGUGGUUGAUCAAGGUGUCGGCAUCCCUCAGUUCCGGAGCUCCCAAAUGGCGCUGGUCGAUGAGGCUGAGCGAGUACUCCGCAAUAUGGUGGACCACGACAGGAAGACGAGAGCAGCGCAUACAAGUGGACGAGGAAGCCACAGGGUGGCCAAAUCUGCCAAGAAGAGGCGGUGA